CACGCGGUGGUUGCUCGAUGUUUGAGAAGAGUUUCCCAGCUCCGAAACGUCGGGUUUUCCAUGCAUGUCGCGCACAGUCGAGCACAGCGCUGACACGCUGUCUCUUCUCGCUUUCCGUCUGAUGUUUUUUUCCGCGUCUUAAUGGGAAAAAAGAACGACCAGAUCGCUUAACUCGCCUCACUCAGUUCUCAGAUUGAAAGAUAUAGAGGCACGAACAAAGAGGCAGACAGUCUACGAGCGGCGAGGGGUCACGAGAGAAGAACGAGAGCGACAGCGGCUGUGUACAGAGCAGGCAAGCGCCUGCUUAUGGAAUCCUUGAGGGAAAAAAGAAAGAGGAAGAAAGAAAAAAAUACGCAUUUUUGUAGCAGAUGUUUGCAAAGAGCAACGCCAUCGCUGCUCCCUCUAAGAGACACAAACGGGCGGGGCGGCGAUCCUCGACAUUUGGGGGUCCUGAUACUUUUUCCGGGAGUUUGUGCCAAGGAAAGAUGUAAAGGCCUUUGUUUGCAUUUGCGGCCGCAGUCUUCCUUUCUAUUUGCCCGCUCGUUUUUCUGUCUCUUCGGUCUCGGGGUGUCUCUUUUUUCCAUGCGCCUCCGAGUGCUGGUACAUGGAGUGUGAAUUCUCUCGAUCGAUCUUCGAGACUCCCCCGCGUUUUUUCCAAUUUCCCGGCGAAGUUUCUUGUCCAUGCAUCCAGUUCUCUUCUGCUCUCGCCCUCUGCUUCCAGCACUCACACCUCCUCCUACGCUUUCUCCGCCGCCUCUGUCCCUUGCUCUUUUUCUCUAUCCAUUUGUGCCUCACUUUUGCUCUCUCCGCGUUUCUCUCCCUCCUUCGUUUCCGUCUCUCUCUGUCUACGUCUCCUCCACGGUCUCGCGUCGAUCUUUGUGCCUCUCUUCGUCCUCAUCAACGUAUUUCCUUCGUCGUCCGGUGUCUCUGUCUCGCCCCGCUCCCCGGUUCGGCAACCCUACGUUUUCGACCGCGUUUUGUUUGUGCACCUCACUGGCUUCUCGUCUCUCGUCAAGAUGUCUGAGGUGUACGUGCACGAGCCGUCGACGCGGGGCAAGGUAGUUUUGCACACUUCGUUGGGGGAUUUGGACGUCGAGCUUUGGGCGCGGGAGUGUCCGCUCGCAUGCAGGAACUUUGUGCAGCUCUGCCUGGAGGGGUACUACGUGAACACAAUUUUCCACCGAGUUGUUAAGGACUUUAUCGUCCAGGGAGGCGACCCCACGGGAACAGGUCGCGGCGGCGCCGACACGACGUUCGAUGGCAAGCCGUUCGAUGUCGAGACGCAUCCCCGCCUGAAGUUCCGCUACCGGGGGUUGGUGGGGGUUGCCAACUUGGGUCGUUCGUCGAAGGAUGCCGAGAACGACGAGCGAGGCCGGAGCCUGGGGACGAACGGGAACCAGUUCUUCAUCACGCUGGCGCGCGCGGACGUCUUGAACAACGCGUACACACUCUUCGGCAAAGUCACUGGACACACUCUGUACAACUUGAUGAAGUUCAACGACCUGGAAGUCGGCAAGGAAGACCGGCCCAUGACUCCGCCAUUCAUCAAAAGCGUGGAUGUUCUCUGGAACCCCUUUGAAGACCUGGUGCCUCGCAGGUUGCCGGACGCACCGCCGGCGCAGAAGGACGAACGGAAACGUGCACGAGCAGCUGGCGGUCGCACAACCGAAGGUCGAGCCAGAUCUCAAGGCAGCGCACUGCGAGAAGAAGAGGCCGAGGCGGCGCGAGCGAAACUGCGAAAAGCCGACAAGAAACUUCUCUCCUUCGGCGAUGAGGAAGAGGGGUCCACGCCGGAGACUGGAAAGAAACUCAGCGCCCACGACCUGCUGGACGACCCCCAUCUCCUUCGAGAUAGCUGGAAGCCGGACAGAGAAGGCGAACGAGAGCGAGCAGAAGACGACGAAGAAGAGCUGGAGUGGCAGGAAGAACAGAAAGCAAGGGAGACCGGUCCCAGUGUGCUGGAGGGGGUUCGCGCGCGCCUCGCUGCUCUGUCCUCUCGCAGUGAACCUCCGACAGGAGACGGACAGCGUCAGAGGAGAGACAGAAGCAGAGGAUACGAAGGAAGAGACUCAGCUUGCUCUUCCGACAGCGACAGUGAGGGAGCAGAGAGACGAAAGGCGAAACGGGGGCGACGCAGCGACAGCGACGACGAGAGAAGAACGCACGUCGACGCUCUGCGCCUGCGCACUGGCGUCGGCAGCGCUCUCCAGGGCUCGCAUGCAGAUCGCAACAAAAUGGAAAACAGCGACCUCAUGACGGAGGCGGAGAAGCGCAGACAAUUCUUUCUUUUGAAGAAGAAAGACAAGGGAGAGCAAAGACGACAAGAUACCACCAUGCAGAAACUCGAAAUGUUCACUGCUCAGCUGCGCCGGCUCCGAACUUCGGCGGCGCCUGCGAACGGGUUUAGGGAGACAGUCUCGAGGGGCGGCGUGUCUGCGUCUUCGAGGCCCGGUGAAGACAAGAGAUCGCAGGCAGAGGCUGGCACUUUGAACGCGUUGCUUCCUGAUUUAGACGAGGAAGUGGACGAAAGCGAUGGCUCUUGGCUCAACAACGGUGGGCUAAAAUUCGCAGUCGACAGUGCCCGAGCCUACGAGCUCGACGAGGCACGAGCUGCUGCCUCUGUAGUCGUCUUCGAUCCUCUCAAGGGCAUGAGUGACGAAGUGAAGAGGCAACGUGCAGCCAACAGAAGGCGGGAACAAGGCAGAACCAACGAAAAUGGCAUGCGAGAGGUUCCGAAAUGGUGAUCAGUACACUAACAAUCCGGUGGCGACAGUGCGAGACGUUGCACCCGCAGAAAACACAGAAAUGGGCGUUUUUUUCGCGGGAAGAACGAAAAGGAGAUGGGGACCGAGUGUGACAAGUAAGGCGAGGCGAGAGAAGUGGACAUACAACGCGCGGGUUGUGCGUGAGAACUGCGGGUUUUGAAAGGUUUUGUGGCUCAUCGAUUCCGUAGGGGUCAAGGGUGGAGUUUCAGAUGUUGGGAUAUCCUCUCGCACAGCUCCGCCGUGAAGCAGAGAAAGUGUGAACCCUAUGGGAUUUUUGAAUUUAAAAGUGCAGUUUGUCCGUUUUUUCUCCCCAGAAAACCCACAGCGAAUUGUCUCGACACGUUUCUCACUGUCACACUGUGAGUACAGUGGGGGCAACAACUAUACCCACACACCCAAGCACAUUUAGAUAUACAUCUUUGCUGAUGUUAAUGCCCGUAUUACGCACGUACGUGCAUAUAUAUAUAUAUAUAUAUAUAUAUAAUAUACGGAAGCGCGUGCGUGCGUGCGCGCUAAGCUCUUUACGGAAGCACUUUUUGAUUGAUUGGACUCUAAGGAGUCACUCGUUACGAGUGCAUUUGAUGGUCGCUGCGUCUGUCGGUUCACCUCUUUCGGAAGUGAGCAAAAAGGGAGUCGUAGCUCUGAAAACUACAGAAACGCCGAGUUUCCCCUAACCUGGAAA